AUGCCCAGGAUUUGGGAGGAAACCAUUAUGCUUGUUCGUGGACUUGAGCACUCCACCUUCCAGUCACUUCUGUCCCGAUUGCAGAGUUUGAUAGAAUGUGACGAGGUCAUCAGAUAUAGACUGGCAAUCUGGAGACCGUUGAACAGCGGAUAUCCGGGCUUCAGCACUGUCUCCGCCAAGCCGGGCAUGGCAAGACGCCUCAGCGGGGGCCUGCCCAACCACCCGCAACCACCACCCCGACCGCGGGGUCCUAUCGAUAACCGUCACCCAGCUUCAUCACCACGCAACGUCAUCCAGGCAACGACACAGACGCCCACCACAACCCAAAGAUACUCACAACCUCACCAGGCUCACCACGCCUCCUCUCCGACACCCCAAGAGACAAAGGUACCCUCCCCCACGAACCUCAGCAACACACACAAAUCACCAGCAGCCAUGAACCGCCUCUUCGGCGCAGCCCCCAAGGGCCCAAAACCAACCCUAAACAGCGCAAUCACAAACAUCGACGACCGCAUCUCCUCAAUCGACGUGAAACUCUCCGCCCUCACCGCGGAACUAAACACCUACCAACAAAAACUCUCCAAGAUGCGCGACGGCCCCGGCAAAAACGCGAUAAAGCAAAAGGCGCUAAAGGUCCUCCAGCGCCGCAAAAUGUACGAGUCCCAGCGCGACCAGCUCCAGUCCCAGGUCUGGAACAUGGAGCAGGCGCAGACGAUGCAGGAUAACCUGAAAAAUACCAUGGCCACCGUCGACGCGCUCAAGACGACCAAUAAAGAACUCAAGAAGCAGUACGGGAAGGUGGACAUCGACAAGAUUGAAAGGUUGCAGGAUGAGAUGGCGGAUUUGAUGGAUAUUGGAAACGAUAUCCAGGAGAGUCUGGCGAGGUCGUAUGAUGUGCCCGAGGACGUGGACGAGGCGGAGCUGGAUGCCGAGUUGGAGGCGUUGGGGAUGGAGGCUGAGUUGGAGCCCGAGAUGGGCGCUAUGCCGAGUUUCUUGCAGGAGGAGUUGCCCGAGUUUGUGGAUGAGGAGCCGGCCAAGGAGGGUGCCAAGCUCAAGGAGGCUGCUGGCUAA